AUGUUCGGGUUUCACAGCAGAUCCAGGUCUUUGAUACCUGUGGGUGAUCUGGAGAAGACGGGGGGUACACAAAUCAGCUGGAACGAUGUUACUCCUGAGCAAGAGGAGGAAGAGGUCGCUGUACAGAGUCCACGAGAACGCCGGAACCUGAUUAUGAUAUACCUGCUGUUCCUAGCCGAGGCCAUUAUGUCGUCCUCGUUGUCUUCACAAAUCAACCUCCUCUUGCCGUCGACUUCGGCGUGUUUGACGAUGGAUACUACAUUCUUGCGCAGCAUCCUACAGUGCGCCUACUACUUUGGAGGAGCGAGUGGGAUUGUGUUCGGUCUCGCUGCAGAUCGGCUCGGGCGAAGGAAGGUGGCACUGUUUGGGUUGAUUGGGAUGUCAACAUGCUGCAUCUCGAUGGGCUUUGCGACCAACUUUACUGCAUUCUGCAUACUGCGCUAUAUCGCUGGCGCGAUCGGGUCUGCAGCUACAGUUGCUGGUCUGGCCAUGCUCGCCGAUUCCACACAUGGCAGUAAACGUAGGGUCAAGGUCAUUGCACGCCUCCCCAUGCUUGCAGUCUGUGGACAGCUUGGCCCUCUCCUCUCGAACGCAAUCCGACAACUUGCCCAGGACCACUUCGCGGGCGUGUUUGCGCGCUUUCCAGGACUGGGAGUACAGAUGGCUUGCGCUGCUUUGGUCAUCUCGAUCGCUGUGGCUGAAAUUUGCCUGCUCGAUGAGACUCUGCCAAAGAACGACCCGAAGGAUUUCGAGCAGGAUGAGUACGUCGACUGCGAGAAAGCGGCAUUCCUGGGCCAGCAGCGCUCAUCCACUGAUUCGAAUGACUCUCUCGCAAUCAGCAUCAUCGAGGCCUUGAAUGACGACACUGCGACCCCACGACCUUCGAGAAUCAGCGUCUCGCAAAUGCUCACGGCACCUUCCAUCUUGGUCCUGCUCGCUUCGUAUGCAGUGCUCUCGCUGCACUCCUCCACAUUCGAGGUCGUGCUACAGCACAUUGCCCACACUGAUGCCGAGAAUGCUGGCAUGGGAAUUCCAUGUUCGUGGAUGCAGCCGCUCAUGCUGGUAGUGAAAGCAGUGGCUGCGUUGCGCGUUAUGCACUUCAUCCCGAAACUGGUCAGCAAUGGAAGCGUGCUUCCCUUGUACCGCAAGAUAUCGAUGGUCUUUCCUGCGCUGUACAUCAUCAUUCCGGCCGUGGCACUGGCAGUCCAUGCGACUGGAGCGGCACCGAUUCUAUCCGCUGUCGUCAGCACGAUGGCAACGCUAGCUAAGACGACUCUUGCGAAUGCAGCUCAAGUUUUGGUCCUGCUCCUGGUUCUGUCAGCAGCACCUGAUGCUUCAUCGACCGGGACACUCAUUGGUGUCGUCUCAAUCACGGAGCUUUUCAAGGCGCUCGCGGUCGGCCUUGCUGGGAUUAGCUACUACGUCUCGGACAGUCACUCGAUGUUUGUUAUCAACACGUCGCUGUGGGCAGCACUUGCUGCGAUUGCGUUGGUGGGGACUCUCCUCACAACCAAACUUCGGGCUGCACCGAGACUUGGGCCCGAUCUACCAUCUGAGUGUUUUGUCUGGCAAGGCAUGUUCGAUGUUGAGAGCGACGACGAGGCGGGCUUUUAG